AUCCUAUAGCAGAGCCACAAUCCGCCGCGUAGGCUCACGCGCCGCACGCCUUUGCACCGCGUUAAAAAAAAAACUAAAAAGAAACCUUUUUCAAAAUUCGAACGGUUUCAUUCCCGUGCCAUAGAAAUGUUACUGGUUGGUUGUGAAGUGUGAUUUUAAGAAAAUUAUGCGUGUGUUCUUGUGUUUGGUUGUGUGCCUGCCAUUGGUAUUUGGCCAGGAGAUGGCAGGUUGUUAUUCUGGUGGCAGUGUGGCUGGCGCGGCCAUAGGUGCAUUUUUGGCCGCCCUGCUAUUAGUGGCCGCAGCGUAUUAUUUGAGGAAAUUGUAUUGGAAGACCCGUAAAGGCAAGCACCUAGUCCUGUCCACCGAGCCACAAAACGUCAAGGACGAAUUCGCCUUCGACAACCCAGGCUACAAGGACUCCGAGCGAGCUGACACCCUGGGGACCUGGCAGCAUGCCACCACCCUGCCCAGCGAGGGGAAACUAGGGUUGUUGCAACCAGGGUUCACCAAGCCCACUGUUACCAAGGAUGAUAUGUGUACCCAUGAACCUCGGACACGGCUCGUGAGCCUGUGGGCGCGGGACUUCACGGGGCUGGGGUUCCGGUGCGGGGGCGGCGCGCGGGAGGGGGUGAUCGUGCACUCGCUGCUGAAGAGCGGGCCAGCCGCCGCGGCCAACCUGCAAGUUGGCGACCGCAUCAAGAGCAUAAAGAUCCAGCUCUCCGGCACUCCCCUCGAAGACGCCGUCAGCAUCCUGUCCCUGGCGUCGCCAUACCCGGUGCAGCUCGAGGUGCAGGCGGGGCGGGGGGCGGGGGGCGCGGGGCGCGCGGGCCGGCAUCCGCUGUGGAAGCGGGCUGGGUCUAUGCAUGAUGUUACAGAGAUCGAGAAAGAGACGCAGCAUUUGCGACCUCAGUCACCGAAACAACACUCCAACCAAUCAACGCUCGAGAACAAACAGCCAAAGGGCAUCAAGAAGGUCAUCACAGACAAAAUCAUCACAAGUACACUCGAGAGGAGCAAGAAAGAGAGAAAAGAUGGCCAACCCAGCACGCUGGAGCGAGAAAACGAAAAGAACGCCAAAAUGGCUAACAGAAGCACUCUUUCCGACAUACCCAGCUUCAAUAAAACUGAAAAGGUUAAGACUAGACAUUCAACGGGCACUGAUUAUCAUAUAGAAAACGGUGCAGCUCACAUUGAGCAUUCUGAAGUACAAACGAAAGAAGCUGCGCCUAAGAAAGCCAUGAAGUUUGGCAUACGAGUCCUUCCGCCUAAUGUGCCUACGGAUGACAAGUCUAAACAGGGAAACGUUGAAAAUGGGACAGUGGGUGUCGAGAAAGAUGAGACAGAUAAACCUAGGGCCCCACUUACAACACAACUUAGCCACGAGAAUGAAGUCAAAAAGCCUGUGGUAGCUAAAAGAAGGGAAAAGGCUGCGCCGCCUAUUCCUAACGCAAGAACUAUCCCGGUAGCCCCAGAGCCGGAUGUUAAUAGCAGUCUAGAUUCGUCGAGAGGUUCAGAGCCUACAUUCACAACAUUUGCAAGAAACGAUGCAAAUUUAAGCGGGAUAAGACGCGAUAAGAAUGGAAUACCUCUGGAACUUCCAGCUCAUAUGCUGGAGGCCGCGAGAUCUGCUAAAAACAACAGGAAAAGCAGCACCGACAUGAUCGGAGAUAAGGAUAAGGUUGAAGUCAAAAAGGAGGAAGCACCUAAGCCUUCUAAAAAGUCUAAAGGAAAAGCUCCAUCACCCCCCGAAAUCGAAAAGAACAAAACAGACGAUAGCAUGAUCGAACAAAUGAAAAAUACGCACGACUUUUUGAAUAGUGAAAAACAGUUUUCCUCCUUACUCCAUGAUACCUCAAUAGCAUCGACCGACAACAGUGGCAUUUCAUACACUUCCACACCAAAAGUUGACAAGACUAAAAGCAAAACGUAUAUCGAUGAGUCCAUGAGUUUCAGUCAAGAUGAUAUAGACGAUAUAGUCACAAAGCCUUUUAAGAAAGAACCAAACGAUUCGAUGCAAAAUCUCCAUGGUGUCACAAUGUAUCAUAGUGACAGAAACGACAAAGGGUCUACGACAAUCGAAUUAAAUUACAGCGAUAUAACUAUCCACAGUUCGCCAAAUGAUACAACGCAAUCCGUGUCAGAUGAAGCGUCCAUUCUUGAUGAAAACGAACGAAAGGCAGCGUCUUUAGGAGACUUAUCACGAUUCGCUAUGAAAACUAAGGGAGGAAAACCGACAAUGUCAACUUUAGAAAGGGCCCAGAGCUUGGAUAUAUCAACCGAUGAUUCUGAAAUAAACGACAACACCUUAUCACCAAAAAAGAAGAAAGCAUAUUCAGUAGUCGAAACAACAUUCUUCGAAUCAAACGCUGAAGAUACACUGCCAGAAAUAGAUGCAGAAAGAGGUGUUGUGAUCAAACACAAGGAACCCAGGCUAAGUUUAAACAUUGCCAAGACCUCAGCAAUGGAAGGGUUGAAUACAUUCCAACGAAACAGACUGAAGAAGGGAUCAGAAUUUGGUACCCUUGAAGAUGCUAUAGUAAAAGGGUCAAGCAGCUCUAUAGACUCUGACAAGAAUGAAUCUCAAUAUUCUCAGUCAAAGAAGGAAGCGAAAGAAAUCGAUUUGUCUAUGGAUAUGGAUCCCCACGAGACCUCAGACGAUUUAGCUCGUAAAAUACUGGACGAGAACAUGAAAGUUCACUUGAAACUCGUCUCAGAAUUCGCUAAGACCACGUCUGAUGGCAGUGACCUGAGCUCUUUAGACAGCACAUGGGAAAAACCACCGACUCCGCCGAGAAACGAAUCUUUACCGAAAUACGAAGAAAAGGUAAGCAUUGGUUAUGAUACUAACAUUCCCGAUGACAUGAAAGUGUCCAGUAAUUCGUAUGUGAACAGUUUGGAAAGACCAAAAUCAGAAAUGAUGAGGAAACUUUUAGCCAAGAAUCCGAUACUUAACGUUCAUAUUGAUAAAACCGAAACGGUAAGUCAAGAAACGCCGAUGACUGACGCUUCCAAAUCUGCCAAGCAACAGCCUGAUAUCGUCACUUUCGAUUCCAAAUCUGAACAAAGUAAACAAAAGAACUACGAUGAUUUUAUCAGCAACAUCCGAGUUGGCUCCAAUUCGAGCACAACUCUGAAACUCAACCAAGAAGUUGAGUACUCCACAGAAUACGAUGCUAGUCCUUACACUAAGUCGUACACCAAGUCUAUAGAAAUUGGGGAACCUACUAGAAGGUUCGGACCAGACGUCGUCGAAGGUAUCAAGAGGAAAAAUGACGAGAAAGAAAGCAGAGUCCUUUACAUGGAGCCCCCGAAUGUAGUCAUAAAAAUGACAGAGGAACCUGUACAGAAAACGGUAACAGUUAAUGUCGCAGAGGACCAAUUCGGCAAUAAAAUCAUCACACAAAACGUUGAGAAAGUAAUGACUAAAUACGCAGCAGCGACCGAAGCACCGUUGGAAGUCGAACAAUUUAGUUACGGCGUAAUGAAGAAGCCAGAUGACAUCAACCAGUUGAAUUUAGAAGAAGGAGAUGUUAAAGACAUUGAUAAGUCUAUUCUCGAUGAGAUCAGACGGCAGAAUCCUUCCAUGCACUUCACAAGCGAUGAACCGGCAUACACUAAAACUGAAACGAUCAUUUUAAACACAGAACUAGAUGAAAAGGAAGCUAUAGCGCUGAUGGAGAAGAUAAAAAAUGAUCCUAGUUUUAUGAAUCAGAAAACACCUGAAGAGCUAUCACGACUGGGCAUACGCAUCAUACGCGACCUUGACGAUGUCAAAACAGAGAACAAAGACACCGUAGAAGUGACCAAAACGAGGUAUUCCAUCAACAAAACCGCUAUGUCGGAAAAGCAAAAAGAAACAAACCCAGGCACGAAGGCCGAGAAACAAACGAGAAACGAACAAAAGAAAGAGAUAAACGUAGAAAAAAUCGCUCAAAGGCAGAGAGCGCCACCACUAGAGGAACCUCUGCCAACGUACGAACUAGACAUAGAUAUGCUAAACGACUUCAUAUCGAACGAACGCCACCACUCGGGCAAGCAACACGCCGAGAUGUUGAAACGAACGAAACAAAACACAGAACCAAAGAAGAAACACUCCGAUUACUCGUUGCCGCGAAACACACAGAUCAAAUUCCGAACAGCAACUUACGAGAGCCCUAAAGGCACGAUCGUUACCAGCACAGACCUAGAAAACCGUAGAUUAUCGCAAUUGGACCAACAACUGCGCGGAUCUGAUGUUAAAAAACCGGCGGUGUCGGCGAAACCGGCGAAAACUCCGGAAAAGCAGAAGCCAGUUACCGGUUCGUCGAAAAUACCGGUAUUUAUGAGCCAAAAAUCGCUGAGCCAAGAGAAUUUAACGGACAAACGCUUGUCUAUGCCUCGUUCUCCGCCGCCGAACCUUAGCAGCUCUUCAGGAAAUAUUCACGGGGACAGCUAUGAAACAUCAUACAGUCCAGAUUAUACGAAAAAGGCGAAAUAGGACGGGUAUUUCAAAAUAAUUUGCGAAUCAUGAGUGAGAUUUUUUAUGUGUAUUUUAUUACAAGAAUUAUGUUAAUGUUUUAUAGGCCUCAAACGUCAGUUUUUGCCUGAGAGUUACAAAUUAGUUUUUAUCUAUUUAUUGAGUGUGGGGGUGUUCAAUGCACAAUAUUUAUCAUGUACCUACCUAACCUGAUGUUUUAUAAGCAAAAUAAUUAUGAUACUUAUCAUGGAUGUUUCGAGACAAUGUUUUUUUUGUUAUAACGGAGAUUUUUUUCAAUUUUUAUUGAUAUUUUUGUUUAAAAUUGUUUUAAGCCGUGUUUUUGUGUAGGUACCUACUUACUUAUCAGUAUCACAGUCAUAAGUACACAUUUGUAAUUUCGCUUAUUAUUUUGAGUUACGCUCAAUUUUUCUUUUAUUUUUACAAGUUGUAUAAAUAUUGUUGUACCUACCUACCUACCUAAUAGUAAGUUUCUAUACAAAAAGUAUAUUUAUAAAUAUUAUACCAACUAUGAUUUUUGUUUACAAUGUAUAAUUUUAUGGAUAGUUUUAGAUUUUAAUAUUUUAUUAGUUAGUAGAUAGGUGCCUACUUACAUGUUUUGAGACCUACACCUAUUUUGAAAUAUUAUAUCUACCUUCAAAUCUGCAGUAUACCUACCUCAAAACUCAUCUUCAACUAAUCUCUUCGUGGAAAACCUAGAAGCUGGUUUAUUUACAUAAGCUGCCAUUUUCUCUACAGUGGUAGAGUAACAUAAGCAUAUUUUAUUUUUUUACAAAUAAACUUAACUCUUCUUUUAACUAUGCUUUAUAAUAUAUUUUAUUUUCUUUUAACAUUGUUCUUAUCUGGUGGUUCUACUUCUACUUAACUUAAAUAAGUAUAAUACCUAAGUAUUAAUCUUGAAUCUAUGCGUUGUCUGUCUAAUGUCUAAUUUUAUUUUGGGAGUUGAAUUUUGG